AUACCAUUGUCCAACUAUUUUGGUGUAUUUUUAAUGUGUGCCUUUUUAUGCCCGUUCACAAUGGAUGUUAAGAGCAUUGUCGAGGAAAAGGAGCUUCAGCUGAAGGAUAUGCUGAACAUCUCCGACGUAAGCAACUCUCUCCAAUGGCUGGCCUGGUAUGUCAAGUCCAUGAUAGUUCUAUUCAUAAUAUCGCUAGCUAUUACUAUAUUUUGGACGAUGAUCGGUCUACCCGGUGAGGAGGGGUGGCCAUUUGCCGACAUGCCCGUUCUCCCAUAUACCGACUGGUCUGUCUUUCUGUUUUGUCUGCUUGUGUGCAGUCACUCUUUCAUAUGUUUCGGCUUCCUGGUCAGCUGCUGCUGCGCUCGCAGCAAUUGGUGUGGCCUCAUUGCCAUACUUCUGUUCAUAGCCAGUAGUGGGCCCAAUUUUGUCACGAGCAGAGACAGUACUGGAACACUGUUGAACAUCCUGUGCAGCAUUUUCGUCGUGUCAGCCAUGAACAUGGUCAUGGAUCGAAUUGCCGCAUGGGAACAAGCGGGUUUUGGCCUGCAGUGGAGCAAUCUCUUUCAGACGUCAUGGGCCCGAGACAGCAUAAGCGUUGGUGCGAUACUGUUUCUCAUGAUACUGUUUAGCCUGAUCUCGAUCCUCAUCUGCCUGUACAUGGAGCGGGUGAGGCCAGGGGAGUUUGGCAUGCCACAGCCAUGGAAUUUCCCGUGCACCAAGCGCUUCUGGUGUCCGACCAAGAACAUACGACGAGUAGUAUCAUUAUCCCCGCCCGGGUGGUUCCCUGUCCAACCCACCGAUGAGGAGCGACGUUCUGCGGAUAAGUCUCCAGAGCGUAAGACCUCCAAGUUCGUGGAUGCCAGCGCCAAAGGCAAAACCCCUGGUGUACAAAUAAAAAAUCUCAGCAAAAGCUUUGGCGAACGACAGGUGGUCGCUGGCCUCACAUUCGAUUUGUUUGAGAACGAGAUCACGGUGCUCCUGGGACACAAUGGAGCUGGCAAGACCACGACCAUACAAAUGUUGACGGGCACCAUUCAACCCAGCUCCGGCACGGCGAUCAUCAAUGGCUACGACAUACAAACCGAACACCUCCAGGCCCGUCGAUCCUUGGGCAUUUGUCCGCAGAGAAGCGUCUUCUUUGCUGGUUUGAGUGUAGCCAGUCACCUUCGAUUCUACAGCCGGCUCAGGGGUCUCAAGGGGGCAGCGGUCAAACAGGAGGUGGAAAAGUACUUGCUGAAGCUAAGCCUUAAGGAAAAGGCCAACACCGCGGCUCGGCGUCUCUCUGGGGGGACACAGCGUCGGCUUGCGUUGGCCUGUGCCCUGUGCGGCAACGUCAAGGUUCUGUUCUGCGACGAGCCCAGCUCGGGUCUGGAUCCCAACUCGCGGCUGGAACUUUGGAAGCUGCUGCUGGAUGAGAAGCAGGGACGCACUGUUCUGCUCACCACCCACCAAAUGGACGAGGGCGAGGUAUUGGCCGACCGCAUUGCCAUCAUAAGCGAUGGCCGGCUCCGUUGCCUGGGCACAUUGGCGUUCCUCAAGAAACAGAACGAGACCAGCUAUCUGCUCAGCUGCGAGAAGGGACCCAACUGCAAUGUGUCCAGGUUGACCCAACUGAUAGCCGCCCACGUGCCCAACACGCGGCCUCAUAGCAACAUUGGAUCGGACGUGUCCUAUCGACUGCCGCACCGCUUUUUGGGAUCUUUUGGGUCACUCUUCAACGACUUGGAGCAACAGAAGGAGCAGCUGGAUGUUGUGGGAUUCGGUCUUAGCUCCACCAGUCUUUCAGAAAUAUUUAUGUCGCACGGCGCGGAAGAUCUUGGGGCUCGCACUAGCGGCGGUGGCGGAUCGGUUCAGCAGAGGCGGAGUCAGAGGCAGAGCCAGGGCCAAGAGCAGAGCCGUCAUCCGAACCGUUUCCUGCGCUACCUGGGCCAGUGGGAGGCCAUGCUGCUGAAGAAGCUGCUCUACACAUAUGAUAAGAAAUGGAUGUUUCUGGUUAUGCUGCUGCUGCCCAUAGUUCUCUUCGUUGUAGUUCUUAUUCGUAGGCCAUCGGCGAGCGCACUUCUGGCCAGACUUCCUCUUACUCUGGCCGAUUAUAAUGGUGAGGAGGUCAAAGUAAUAUUGCAAUCAACAUCGGACACUCGCCCUGUGCGGGAUAUAGCCAAUGCCUACCAAGAGUUGGCCCAGCAUCACUGCACCGUCGAAAGAAUUAGCCAGAAUGUAAUAGACUACAUCGGCCCACAGGUGCAAGGAACGCCCGCGAGAAUAUACGAAAUGAAGCAACGUCUUAUAGCGGCAGCCACCUUCGACCAAGAAACAAUCGUCUGGUGUAGACAGCGUCUGUUCCCGCAUAGUGCUCCUGUGUCGCUCAGCCUCGCGUUCAACGCCAUGGCGAAAGCGAUGGUGGGUCCCGAGGCGAGCAUAGAGGUAACCAAUGCCCCCUACGAAGGGUUGAGUCAAGUUGAGAAUCGAAUGAUAAUGAUUGUGAGCGCCAGCAUUUAUGUUUUGCUAUAUCUGUCCAUUGUCCUGGCGAUAUUCUCCAUCUCAGUGGCGCAGGAGAGGGUAACGCAGAUACGGAUGCAGCAGCAGGUGUCUGGCGUGAGCUUGGCCACCUACUGGCUGACCCACUUUAUCAUCGACUUGUCCCUCUACUUUGCGUUUGCGCUGACACUGAUACUGGCGGUGCACGAGUUGUGCCAUCCCGGGGAGAUGCUGUCGAUACUCAUGAUCAUCGGAGUGGCGGAUGAAGACGUGACUGCUGCGGCCGAAAGGAUAAGUAAAAUGUCGAGCGAGGAUCGCAAGGAGCAUGCUUUAGUCCUGAGCCGGGUCUCAAAGAGAUACUGCUGCAUGGCUGCCGUACGUGGAAUAUCCUUCGCUGUCCAGUCGGGCGUGUGCUUUGGUCUGCUGGGUGCCAACGGGGCCGGUAAAACGACAACCUUCAAGAUGAUUGUGGGCGACAGUGCUAUGACGAUGGGGAGUAUUCACGUCAGAGGCUGCAGCAUGAAAUUCCGCCCCACGGCAGCGAGGCGGCAGAUCGGCUACUGUCCCCAGCACGACACGCUCUUCGACUUCUGCACAGGCCGUCAAACACUCAGGAUCUUCCUUUUGCUGCGCGGCACACGCCGGAAUCUCCUCAAAAAAGUCUCGGAAAAGCUGGCCACCGACUUUGGCUUUUUUGCGCACCUCGACAAAAAGGUCAAGGACUACAGUGGCGGCACUAAGCGAAAGUUAAACGCAGCGGUGGCCGGUGAGGGCUCAUCGCUCAUUUGUCUGGACGAGCCCAGUUCUGGGGUCGAUCCGGCCUCCCGGCGCCAUGUGUGGAAUGUCCUCUCCUCGCUGCGGGACAAGGGGAAGGCGGUGCUGCUCAGCUCUCAUAGCAUGGAGGAGGUGGAGGCCCUCUGCACGCAGUUGGCCAUUAUGGUGGAUGGGCAAAUUCAUUGCCUGGGAUCCCAGCAGCGCAUCAAGAAUAAGUUUGCCCAGUGUCUGGUGCUCAAGUUACAUGUGGAUACCGGAAGUCUGGAAAGCAUGGCGUACACGGUACUGAAGGUAAAGAAUCAAAUGGAAUCGGACUUUCCCACGGCAUCGCUAGAGGAAGAGUUUGGUGGCAGGCUCACUUACCACAUACCCAUUGCCAAAAUGAGAUGGUCGAGGGUGUUCUCAUACGUUGAGAGAAAUCGCAGCCCUUGGAAGGUGGUGGACUACUCUCUGACGCAGCCGUCGCUGGAAGAUGUAUUUCUGGACAUUGCCAAGAAGAAAGCGAACAAAAAGAAACAACAAAAGAAUCAAAACAGGCAACCGAAGAGUCGUCCCACCAAAAAGGAUUCUCCGAAAUCUGAUAAAGAUAAUAGCCGGGCCACUAGGUUAACCAAGACAUAGCCCUGUAGAAAUAUAGCGAGUGAGGGCGGGCAGACAGCGAGCUGGCUGUCAUAAGGGAAUUCGACUAAAAUAAAGUGCUUUCGGAGUUCUUUUUUUGAGGAGCGUCUCUGCCAUUUUGUUAGUGU